UGCUCCCGCAGCGGGCGAGGCCGGCGGGGCGGACCGGCCGCCCCCCGCCCCCGGGGGUGCGGGGGAGCCAUGGCCGAGGGCGAGGACCUGCAGACCUUCACCGCCAUCAUGGACGCCCUGGUCCGCAUCAGCACCAGCGUGAAGAACAUGGAGCGGGAGCUUCGGUGCCCGCUGUGCCAGGAGCUGUACCGGCACCCGCUGGUCCUGCCCUGCGCCCACCACGUGUGCCAGGCGUGCGCCAGCGAGGUCCUCGGGCAGCACGGGGCCGGGCUGGCGACCCCCGCCCCCGCCGGAGACCCCAGCUCGGAGCCCACCUCGCCCGCCUCCACCCCGGCCAGCCGCAGCCCGCGGCUCGCCCGCCGGACGCCGCCCAAACCCGAGCGCCUCGACCGGCUCCUCAAGUCAGGUUUCGGCACGUAUCCCGGCCGCAAACGUGGAGGGGCCUUACCCCCGCCGCCGCCGCCCCCGCCCGCGACCUUCCCGUGCCCGGCGUGCCAGCGGGACGUGGACCUGGGUGAGCGCGGCCUGGCCGGGCUGUUCCGCAACCUGACCCUGGAGCGGGUGGCCGAGCGCUACCGACAGGGCGCGGGCGCGGCCGGGGCGGGCGGAGCCGUCGUCCCCUGCCAACUGUGCCGCCCGCCCGCCCCCGACGCCACCAAGGGCUGCGCCGAGUGCCAAGCCAGCUUCUGCAACGAGUGCUUCAAGCUGUGCCACCCGUGGGGCACCCAGAAGGCCCAGCACGAGCCCACGCCGCCCGCCCUCAGCUUCCGGCCCAAGGGGUUGAUGUGUCCGGAGCACGGAGAGGAAGUCUCCCACUACUGUAAGACGUGCCAGCGCCUCGUGUGCCAAUCCUGCCGCGUCCGACGCGCCCACAGCGGGCACAAGAUCACCCCCGUGCUCGGUGCUUAUCAGGCUCUCAAGGACAAACUGGCAAAGAGCCUCUCCUAUAUCCUGAGUCACCAGGAUACCGUCCAGUCCCAGAUCUGCCAGCUGGAAGAGACGGUGAAGCACACUGAGGCGAGCGGGCAGCAGGCGAAGGAAGAGGUGGGGCAGUUGCUGAAGGGCCUGGACGCGGCGCUGGAGGAGAGGCGAGCCAGCCUGCUCCAGGCGGUGGAAGACUGCCAGAGGGACCGCCUGGCCCGGCUGGGUGCCCAGAUCCAGGAGCACCGCAGCCUGCUGGAGAACUCGGGCAUGGUGGGCUACGCGCAAGAAGUGCUCAAGGAGACCGACCAGCCCUGCUUCGUGCAGGCCGCCAAGCAGCUGCACGGCAGGCUGGCCCGCGCCACCGACGCCCUGCAGACGUUCCGCCCGGCCGCCAGCCCUUCCUUCCGCCACUACCAGCUGGACGUCGCCCGCGAGAUGAAGCUGCUCACGGACCUCACCUUCCUGCAAGUGCCCGAGGCCCCGGUCAUCGACACCCAGCGCACGUUCGCCUACGACCAGAUCUUCCUGUGCUGGCGCCUGCCCCCACACUCCCCGCCCGCCUGGCACUUCACGGUGGAGUUCCGUCGCACGGACGCCCCCGGGCCCCCGGGCGCCCCGCGCUGGCAGCGACGCGAGGACGUGAGGGGCACCAGCGCCGUCCUGGAGAACGCCGACACGGGCGCCGUCUACGUCCUGCGCGUCCGCGGCUGCAACCGGGCCGGCCUGGGCGAGUACAGCGAGGAUGUCUACUUGCACACGCCGCCCGCCCCGGUCCUGCACUUCUCCCUGGACGGCCGCGCCGUGGGCAACCGGGAGCGGCUGGCGGUGAGCCGGGACCAGCGGGCCGUACGCAGCCUUCCCGGGCUGCCCCUGCUGCUGGCGGCCGACCGCCUGCUGACCAGCUGCCACCUGAGCGUGGACCUGGUGCUGGGUGACGUGGCCGUGACCCAGGGCCGCAGCUACUGGGCCUGUGCCGUGGACCCGGCCUCCUUCCUCGUGCGCGUCGGCGUCGGGCUGGAGAGCAAGCUGCAGGACACCUUCCGCGGGGCCGACGUGGCCAGUCCCAGGUACGACCCGGACAGCGGGCACGACAGCGGGGCCGAGGACGCGGCGGUGGAGGCGGCCCCCCCUUUCGCCUUCCUGACCAUCGGCAUGGGCAAGAUCCUGCUGGGCGGCGGCGGGGGCACCGGGGGAGGGGGCGGCGGGGCCGGGCUCACGGGGCGCGAGGCCGGGCAGGCCGGGCAGGCCGGGCAGGCCGGGCCGGGGGUGAGCACGGUGCCCCUGCCCCCGCGCCUGGGCGUCUGCCUGGACUACGAGCGCGGGCGGGUCAGCUUCCUGGACGCGGUGUCCUUCCGGGGGCUGUGGGAGAGCCCCCUGGACUGCUCGGGUCCCGUCUGCCCGGCCUUCGCCUUCAUCGGGGGCGGGGCCGUCCAGCUGCAGGAGACGGCCGCCCACCGCCCCGACCGCAAGCUGCCCAAGGGCGACUGAGCCAGGCGGGCACUGGCCCCCCAACUCUGCCCCUCUUCCCCUUCGGGGACCUCCGAUCUGCCUGCCCCCCGGGGCCCGGCCUCCCCGGAAC